AUGGAGUUUGAUGAUGUUCUGAGUUAUGUCGGCCAGUUUGGGAGGUACCAAUGCCUGUUGUAUUGUGGGAUAGCGUGCGCGAUCAUCACAACUGCUUUGAGGGACUUGAGUGUGGUGUUUACAUUGGAUAUACCCGAUUACAGAUGCGCCAUCCCCGGCCUAGAGAACGACACCUUCAACAACCAAAAUGGCUCCCAUCUAUACCUCAUCAACGUCACGAUCCCAGCAGACGACAAGUGCAAUAUCUACACCAAUAUCACCGGGCUAAACGGGACAGUUCAAGAGGAGGAAUGUUCUGCCUGGGUCUACGAUAAAACCAUUUAUCAGACUACAGUAGCUACUGAUUUUGAUUUGGUGUGUAACAAGACCAUCCUAUCAACAGUCAUUAACAUGAUCUAUGGUUUUGGAGGAUUAUUCGGGGCACUUUUCGGUGGGAAACUCACAGACAAAUUCGGUCGGAAGAUAGUGUGGGUUACGUCAUGUGUAGGCUUGGGUGUCGCAGGGGUGGCAUUCAGUCUGUCCACCAAUAUCUACAUGUUGAUGGCGUUCCGAGUAUUUGAGGGUGUGUUCGGUGUACCGGCGUACAUGUCGACCUUUACCUACGGUAAGCACAGGUGA